UUAAUUUAUUUUUAACUGUGCCGCUGAAUUAAUAUUAUGUAUCAUGUAUACAGUAAAACCUCAUUAAGACUUGCUAAUCUCUUCCAAAUUAUGGGCUGUAGAGAGAUCAGUUAAUCUGCUUUCAUUCCUUGAACUAUGACAACUAUAAAAUCAAGUUCAUUUAUUGAAAUAGUGCUCUUAGAAGCCAUGUCCUGCUGUUUUGUUUUCUCUUUCACUUGGUCUGCUAUUUUAAGGCUUGUCUAAAGAUUUAUAGAGGAACUCACUUUCUAGGUAAGAGAACUUAAUACAUAUGUAUGUACUUUGAUAAGAGAAGAAGCUUUCUUAAAAUCCACUGUUUAUAUUUUGGAAUGUGAUUUCUGCAAAAAGUCACAAUAAAGCACAAAAGGUUGGUCAGUUUUAUUUUUAUAUAUAUGACCGCCAAAAGAUAGUUGAUGAAGCACAAUCGACUAAUGUGUAUUUGAUAAAAGACGACCAUGACAGAGGGCCUGUCAUUUUGACCUAAAACCUUUUCGUCUGGCUUCUUCAACCUUCCGCAUGGGUCAAAUCGACCAUACGUACUACAUAAGACAAUGUAAGUCAACUCGAUUAGGCCCAGGCUACAUGAAUUCCCAAGGAAUAAUGCCUCUUUUAUAUUAUCCAAAUAUUUACAUGCAUGCAAUAUCCUUUCAAAAUAUAUUUAUUUCACAUAAUUUGUGGAGAAAAUCAUAACAUAGGGUAAGCAGUUGGUCAGAACCAGUGUAUUUUAAAACAUAUUUUUCAACAUACAACUUUUGCAAAAGGAAAGUCAUAAUAGAGCAUAAACGAUCAAGUCAUAAGUAGUGUUGGGAAGGUAAUCAUAAUAGAGAUGAUGUUUAUAUAGAGAAAUAUGUUAGUAAAAACAUUUUCGGUUCUAUACAAACAGUAAAGUCUUAAGAGUUUUACUGUUAUUCCCUAUGAUGAUUUUGUUUGGGAUGUGUGCAGCUGGCAUUUGUAAAUUUUGAUUGAUCUAAUGACGUGAAAAGUUCAUAUAUUUUAUGGGUUCUAAAUUUGAAUGCAUUUGCGGCGAGCCCUGUUCCAUACUUUUUGCUAUCUUUUAUAGCCUAUUUAAAACUGUUUUUGUAAACCUGUCAGUAUUGUAUUUACUAGUGUAUUAGACUUCACUAACUUCAUUUCUGGCAUGUGUUUGGCCUCUUAUUCCCUUUAAUCAUGCACUUAACCGUGUUGGUUUCACUCACUGCUAAGUGUUUAUCUAUGAGUGAUAAUUGUAUCUCUAACACAGUGCUGUGGUGAUAGGAACAGGUUGGUGACUUAAUGACCUGUUCCUCUAGACCAAAGCCAUUUGUGCCUGGUUGACUUCUCAUGAAUUUAAUACUAAAGAUUAAUAAUAGUGCAAGAGCAAUAACAUUCUUUCUGGAUGCGCAGACUAUGUCUAAAUUAAUAAAAAAUUUUCGGCGUAUAAAAGGUGGUGUACCAACGCCAUCACCAUCAACCAGCAAUACUACAAUAGUAAGCUCAAACACCACAGAACCCUUCAAAGGAGACAAUGGAGGCUCAGUUGCUGUACCAGUCAUUAUUGCUAUUCUGGUCAUCAUUGUUGUAGGUGCCAUAGCUGCAUUUGUCUUCUACCGCAUUCGCAGGAGACGUGCUGCUGACUAUGAGAAAAAGACCAAAAUUCAGAUGUCUUCGACCGGAAAUGCAGGUGUCUAUGUAGAUCCAACAACUACGUUGGCAGAAGGUGACAAAGAGAAGCCAGCAGAAAGUCCUGAACAUGAAAGACUGAAUAAAGAAGAGGAUUAAAAAGUCAGAUGCUUGCAAAUUACUGCAAAGAACAAAUCUCUCAGAUCUUCAUGGAAUUAAAUGUAAGGUUAUUUAACACUGCAUUAGCCAAAAAGCUGUAGAACUUUUAACACUCUGAACUAUGUAACAUUUUAUGUUAAGAUUUUUUUUUUCUUCUUUUUUUGCAACUUGGAGAAACUGCAUUUUAUGAUCUCAGAUUUUAUUUCUCUUUCAUUUGGAUUAACUUUUGAGACUGAAAGCAAGGGAUUUGUGAAAUGUUUAGUUUUAUGGAAUUUUUAAAACUCAGUACUUACUAGAAAAUGGUUACUCAUUGGUUCUAGUGAGAGCUUUUAGAAGGAUAACUUUUCCAAAUGUCAAAAAGUAUUUUCAUAACUUAAAAUAUCACCAAGGAAAAAUUGUGUGCCAACUCUCGUGCCUCUGUUCAUCUCAUAUUUCUUCUUAUUUUACAUUUCAGUGAUUUUUGUGGUCUUUAUUUUCACAUGUUUUUGACCAUUGAAAAAUUUUGUUUGUGAUGUGAAGCCUGUUUGUCUCUUGCAUCUGUCAUUCUUUUAUUUUUUUUAUUUCCUUUAAAACAUUCAUUAUAUAUAAGAACAUUUUUUCCAUUAAAGCUUUUGUCAUUUCAAAAAUUGUAGGCAAUGUUUGAUAACAAAUAUUGGAUAUUGCUUGAGUUGUUAAUAACAUGCAAGUCUUUUUAACACAUUGCAUUGCAUGAGUAUGUGCUUGGGCACACAUCACCCUAACCAGUCAUAAAUGAGUCAAACAUAUAGUUCGGUUUAACAUUUCAUGUUAUCAUGCUAUUGUAAUGAAAAGGUGUCAUCCUUUGAUUUUGCCUGCCACUUAAAUGUUCAUUGUUUUCCUUGCAUAUUGUCAGUCAUUUAUAACUUAUUUUUGUGGUAGCAUAUUUGCCAUGCAAGAGUCCUGAGGUGUCUACAGCAUCAUAAAAAUUAAUCAGUUUGAUUUAAUUACAAGCUUCAUUCAGGUUUAAGCAUAUAUGACCAUCAACCCUGUAAACAACAAAAGAGUGUGAGAAAGUGCAGUUUUAUGUGGGCUUGAUAAGUUGAUGUCUGUACAACUACAUCCAACAUGAAUUACUUGAUAAGGAGGAAAGUAAAUCUAAGAACAUUGGCUUUUUCAACAGCUGUAAUGAGCACGAAUGAGCAGCAAUGGGCAAUGAGGCUUUUUUUUUUUUUUUUUAAGUCAAUGCAGCUGAGAGGUAGCUUAUUGUGCAUGCUGACACAUUUAAGCAAUGGACAAAUUCUAUGUGGAAGAUAAAGCAAGCAUUAAAAGACCCAAAACUUCAAAAGAAAAUAGUAUCAUCACUUUGACGACAGUAUCUUUCUAAACAGCUCAUUCUCAUGAUGCAACAAUUUGAUGAUAAUAGGUUUGUAUUAAAUGGGUUGCAAAAAGAUAAAAGAUAUGCUAUAAACAUGCAAACCACUUGACAGGUUACUACAAAGUCUGCAUCUUCUUUUUUUUCUGCAUUUUUGAUUUUUCAAGAGAAAUGAAGUUUAUGGUAAUUAAAUAUGGCAUUAAUGUAGGACCUGGAUAAAAGGUUGCCUUUUUGGUUUUGUUCUUGUCAGAAUUGUAAGAGUUUUUGAUUUGCAUUUUUUCUGGACUUUGUUGGUGUUUUGGGGCUUUUUCCUCACAAUGCAGAAGCUAUUAAAAUAAAAUCUGUUUAUCAUAGAUUUUCAGCACUUGCUGUCAGUAACACUCAAAGCUUAAAUUUUGUGUUCUAACACCUGUAAGUUGCACUCUAAAUCCAUUCAAGUGUGGAUGAAAUUGAGGUUUUGUGACAUAUUGUGUAUUGUGUAUAUGUACAGGCCUUUGAAAUAAUUGUCCUAAAAUUUGUGCUGCAUUUGUGUGUGUGCAUACACUUUCAUGCAUAUGCGCAUGUUGGUGCCGUGAACAUGGUCUUAGUAUAAAUUUGGCAUUACUCAAUGCUGUACAUUUUGUCGUAACACUGAUGCUUGGUGCUUAUAAGAAAUGUACAGAUGUGCAUACAUUUCACGUUUAAUGCCAACUGAAUUAGUAGCUUAAUUUUCAUUGUUCAUUGUCUUGUUUUCUACCACUCAGUUUUUCAAGUGUUUGUCCAUUUAUGAUUUAGCAUGUUUAUUUUUUUUUAUGUAGUACCUGAAAUUUGUGCUUAGUGUCAGUAUUAGAGUAAAUCGUAGGGUGGUUGAUAUAUAAAUCUGAAACUUCUAUUUGCUAUCAUUUGUGAGACCACAUCCCAAUACUAAAUUAGUAUUAUGUUUAAAUAUUAUAAGGACAGACCCUAAACCCAUUUUAAAGUAAUAGAACUACAGACACAUGAUUCUUUGUUUUUAAAUUAGACAAACAGAACUGCUUCUACGAAAAUUGAUAAUAAAGAAAUUUAUUCUGAAAUAACUUCACUUAUAAGCAAGUAACACAGCCCUAGAAGCAUGUUUGCAACAAAAGAGAUGUCAACAAAACUUGCUUCUUUUUAUAUCAUUAAAUCUUGCAUAUUGACAGCCUGCUAUUUGACAGUGGGUCAAAGCAAGAACAUUUUUGAAGUGAGUGCAAAAACUAUGCUUUUUUUGAUGUAAAUAAGCUUUAGGGAUAACAAGUGUUCUUAUGUACGUGCCUCAAUGUGCAAAUGUUUCUGAAUUACAUAUCAAGUAUCUGGGAAACAAUUUUGAUAAUUCAUUGACUGCAUGUUUAUGUUAUUUUGUUUGUUUGUUGUUUUGUUUUUUUUUUGUGUUUUUUUUAACAGUGCAUUUUUAAUGAUGAAUACAAGAGCUAAUUCUUGCUUUGUUCUUGAUCAGUGUUUUGAUGCACUCAUUUAUGUUUAUUCUGAGUGUCAUCUCCUACUGUGCCCAUUUAUGUACUUUGUUGUAUGAGCCCCACAUUCGCUGCAUUGUGUGUGUUGACAUCUUUGUGUGCACCUUACCAACCACAACAGUUUCAUAUCUUCCUGGCUUAGCACUUUUUGCAAGCAGUACCUUAACUGAUGUUUUUGAUGUAUUUUAUCAUGAUGCUUUUUUUGUGGACUGCUCAAUACUAAUGUACAAGGCUGAUAUAUCUUAAAUCAUUGCUGCACAACCCUAUUACUCCCAUAUCUGCUACUGUGACAGGUUCCUUAAAAGAGCCACAAAGCUGACUGAAGUAGAGGCAAUUAUCACCAUGCUGCAUGACCAAAACUGUUGCUUGAAAUGCACAGACCGGAUAGUGUAACAGUUAAGCUUAUACAGUGCCUUGUGUGCAACCCCACCACCAUUCAAAAGAAAACAAAUCAGAGGUAUUCUUUGUACCUAGGACCACAUUUGAUUCCAAUUGGAUCUGUCACCACUCCCUAGCUGUUGCUUUUUGGUUGGCUGGUUUUGUGGAUAGUCGUAAUGGGUGUUUCAGUUAACAAGUAUAGAAUGUGGAGUGUGUUGUCAAACAAAGUCAAUUUUUAAUUCUUUCAUGCUUGCCUCAAGUUUGGUGAUUAUUCACAUUUUUCUGAGACAUGGAACAAAUUAAUCAAUUACUUUAUAGUGUUUGCUUAAGGCAGAAACAGCGCAUGCUUAGUUUGCUCGUUGACAACAUUAACAGUUUCCUCAUCAGUUGCACAGUUUGUGAGCAAAAAUUGUGUUUUAAAAUUCAAAGAGUUGAUAAUCAUGACAGUUUCGUGGGAUUUUAUGUGUAUAUUUUGCAUUCAUUAUUUCUAUUUGAGGCUCCAUAUCAUAAUGCAUAUCAGAAAUCCUGUUUCCUUGUUUUAAAGAGCAUUGGUCUCUUAUGUGAAGACAAAAGUAUUAAAAGCCAGAGUAAAUCCAUUUUUAUGUUGUAGGAAACUCUGUACAGCAUUUCAGCAUAAAACUUGCAAAAAAUAUUUUUAAUGCCAUUAUUUAACAAGUGCAAUCAGGGUAAAAAACGAGCGACAGAAAGUACUUUUUCCAACAAAACGGCAAUUUAAAAUUCAUUUACAAAAUAACGUUAACUAUGCCAUGGGACACAACUGCUGUAAAUUAGACAUGUCUUUGGCUAUUGCCCUUGGGUAAAGGAAGCCUGGUUGUGAAAAUACUUUGUGGUAACAAAGGUUCUCUUUUUUUUUUUUCCUCCUAACUAUUAACAAGGCACUUCGACUAGCUUAUGAUAUUUAAAGUUUAUUAAGAGCAAGCUUGCGAUUUGCGCCUUUUGAUUAUGAAAGUAAGAAAUGCUUUACAAUACAACUUUAAUACAACAUUGAUUCCUUGUGUGCAUUUACUAUGGAACAGGCAAUAUGAAAUAAAAUGAUUUUUAAACUUAAAUUUUAGAGUGUUGGCUUUUGAAAGGUUUUAAAUGAGAUUUCUUUUUUUUAGAGUUGGAGACAUCUUGGUUCAUAGUAUAGUGCAGGAGACACUCUGUUUAUGUUUGUUCACUUAAUAUUAAAAUGUAUAUUGCUGACAGCUCUUUGCUUUAUGCAGAUUUUUAAAUUUGUUUGCAAAUGAUGUUGUAACACAAUCCUUGCUAGUAGAGUGUCUCAUUUUCUGCUUGAAUGAUUCAUUGUUUGCCUGCUUUCCGUAUGCUAUGUCGCUUUAUAACUGAAAAUCUGGACUGCUGGAGUAUUUCUAAAAUGUGCACGACCACUUAAAGGGAGGUUAAUCAGAAGUGGGAAAAAGUUUUAACGAAGGCUUAAACCAACUAGAUACUAACCUAACUAGACACAAUGGCUGCUGGUUGUAGAUCGCUAGAGCUCGGAGCACUGUCUUGCUUGAACUGAGUCUCGUCAGCAAAGUGCCUAACGAUGUUUCCAGUGGGAAACCGGCGGAAGACGGAUUAAAAAGUUGUAUUUUCUGUGAACAAGUUUGCCUUCGACUUUUGAUUUUUUUUCCUCCCUCACCUCCUUUAUGUGAAUGGCGCCCUGGCGUCUGGUUUUUAGGACAUGGUAAUGUGGAAUUUGUAUACAACCAUGCAUAAGCUUCAUGAUGAUUACCGUGGAGUACUUUUGGCAUCAAUAAAAUGCUCAGUCCAUCA